CCAAAAAAAAAAAAAAGCUUUGUCUUUCCUUCCGACAGACCAACAGUUGAUUUCCUCUAAUGAAAUCAAACUAUGCCACGUGGAGGUAAAGCAGGUGUGCCCACUCUCUCGAGUCUCCUCAAGCUUCUUUCUCUCCAUCUGCAAUCGGAGUUUCACCUUCUUCAAGUUCGAACUUCAAACACCAAAACCCUAUCUCAGGCCUCUCUCUCUUUCUCUCUCUCUCAACACUCUCUUCGGGUUUACACACAACCGCUCCAAUUCCCACCACUCACCUUCCUCCACGUGUCACUCUUACAAUAACAACAACAACAACAACAACAGCAACAAUAAUAAUGCUCUGCUCGGUCCCACCCGGCAAGUCCGGGUCCAACUGGCUCGACCGUCUCCGGUCCAACAAAGGUUUCCCGACAACCUCCGACGAUGAUCAAAACAACCUCGACCACUUCCUCCUCAACCAUGACCCAAACCCAAACCCGAACCCGAACCCUACCGAGUCCACUCGCUCCGACUCUGGCUCCACUCAGUCCGACCACGACCGACUCCAUCGAAACAGUACUCAUCAACAACAACAACAACAACAACAACACAAACAAAUGUACAGUUUAAUGAGCAAUGUCUUGUCGGAGCUCUUCUUCAUGGACGGUGUUCAUGAUGAUGAUCACAUCCAAAGCUCCAAACUUUCCAGGAAAAAGUUUCCCAGGAAACAAACAAACCCCAAAUUCCUAACCUCAACAACCACCACCACCACCAACAACAACAACAACAACAACACUAGUCCCCAAUACGUGACUACCCCAGCAACGGCUUCGUUUGAUUCGAAUAACAGUUUGAAGGAAGUGAAAGAAAAUAAUGUGGAGGAAGAAGAAGAGGAGGAGGGGAAGAAGAUGAAGUUGAAAAAUAAUAAGAAGAAGGAGAAGAGAGAGUUAGUGGGGUAUUCGAGAAGUGAAGUGACGGUGAUUGAUACUAGUUUUGGGGUGUGGAAGAGUGAGAAGGUUGUGUAUAGGAGAAAGAAUGUAUGGAAAGUUAGGAACUUUGGAAGGAAGAGGAAGAGAAUGAAUGGUGGGUGUGAUGAUGACGAUGAUAAUGAUGAUGAUAAUGAUGAUCCUGAUGAUGAUGAAUAUGAAAAUGCUGGUGGGGUUUUGAAGAAAAUGAAAGUUUUGGGUUCGGAUUCUAUAGAGGCUUCCAAUGAAGGACAGAAUCCUCAGAAUGAUGUGCGAGAAGAAGUUUAUAAAGAAAGAACUGACGAUCUUAUUCAAGUCCCUAAAAAGAGGUUGCCUUUUCCCAGAUCAUGUGGAAAAUCAAGAAAAGGAGGCUCAUCUGUUAUCCUUAUCAAAGGUCUCCCUACAGGCAAGAAAAAUGGAGAAAAAGUUAACAGCAAAUGCCACAAGGACACUCAAAGAUAAGUCAAGUGACUCAAGCCUGAUGGAACUGCUACUUAAAAGUUCUGAAUUUAAUAGGGCUAAUGGUCUGUGAUAGAACCUCCUACUUGAUGUUUCUCCCUGUGAUAGCACUAGUGCUCUUCUAUUAGCGUUUGGUUCUAUUUACAACCAUGUUUAUUGUAUGGAAGAAAUUGGGGUCAACUCACAGUUGGACUUCAAGCUUCUGCGAUUCUUACAAUUGUCAGAACCAAUCAACAUUGUGUGAAUAUUUAUUUUUUCAUUCAAAGUGGAGUGAUGAUUUCAUUUUUAGUUUCUGUGAGGAUAUUUGAUGUGUAACGCCUGUUCUGGAAUUUGAUUUUAGACUAAAGGGUAAAAUGUAUGGACAAUCCGACUUUUAUCCUAUUCUAAUCACACCCACUCAGUUUCCAUGUAUUAAUUAAACUCA